AUGGAGAAUGAACACAUCAUCCCCRACGGCACAACCCUCUUCCAGCCCGACAAACCAAACCCAGCACUCUUCACAGAUGAGAACCGGCAAAUAUACAUGGAGGAUUCCCCUUCCCUGAACCCAGGACCAGAUGAAUGUAUAGUCCGCAUGCGCUGCAACGGAAUCUGCGGCUCAGACGUCCAUUUCUGGCACACAGGCUGCAUCGGUCCCCUGACCGUCGACUCCCCUCAUGUUCUCGGCCACGAAGGUUCCGGAGAAGUUGUCUGGACCGGCUCAGCAGUCAAGCACCUUCAUCCCGGAGACCGCGUAGCAAUCGAACCCGGAGUCCCCUGUGAAAAAUGUUUCCAAUGCACAUCCGGAACCUACAAUCUCUGCGCAGAAGUGAAAUUUUCCGGUGUCCCACCCCAUUCCGGUUCGAUUCGCAGAUGGCAUGUCCACAAAGCAGCCUUCCUGCACAAGAUCCCGGACUCGCUCAGUUUUUCCGAUGGAGCGUUACUCGAACCCUUUAGUGUAGUCCUACACGGCUUCGAGAGAAGUCCCGUGAAAUUGGGAGAAAGCACGGUAAUCUGCGGCGCUGGACCGAUUGGAAUGUGCGCUCUGGCAGUAGCUCGAGCAUCGGGAGCAUGUCCCAUAAUCAUUACGGAUCUCGAUGCCGGAAGGUUGAAAUUCGCACAAUCGUUCAUUUCAGGGGUCGUGCCGUUUCAAAUCUCAUCUAACAGGACAGCGAAGGAUACUGCUGCGGACAUUCUGGAAGUGAUCAAGGCGGCAGGAGGCGAUCAGCCGAGAGUGGUGUAUGAAUGUACGGGGGUGCAAGGGAGUGUGGUUACAGCGAGUUAUUUGCCACGGCAAGCUGGGGAGGUCAUGGUGAUUGGAGUUGGGAAACCGAUCAUGAAUGAGUUGCCGUUUAUGCAUAUGAGUCUUGCGGAGGUUGAUCUGAAGUUUAUUAAUYGAUAUCAUCAUUCCUGGCCUGCGGCGAUCAGGCUUUUGCAGCACAAGGUCAUUGAUUUGCAGCCGUUGGUGACGCAUAGAUUUAAGCUGGAGGAAGCGCAUAAGGCUUUGGAAGCUUCUGCUGAUCGAGCAUCGGGAUCGAUUAAGAUUCACAUCGAGGAUACUGAGCCUUGA